AUGGCGGAACACGGAUUGUGUGGACUUAACGCAAGUGGAUCCCUGACGGAAAAGGAUAUACAGUGUGAUAUACAGUGGACUUCCACAGCAUCGGCCUCUCUCAUGCCCACAGAUAGUGGUGCCAGAGACUUGCUCUCUGAAUUGAAGCGCGUGCUGGAUGCCAGUGGAAUCCAUGCGCUGCGUGAAUGUAUGGCAGCUUUGCAGGAUUCAAUGAUGAACAUGGAGAUGUUGGUGGCUGCUCAAGCUUCAAAGAUGGGGGAAAUGGCUUCGGUCAUGCAAACCUUGGCCAAAGAACCUUUGGCAAAAGAAACAAAAACAAGGACCGUGUCACAUCUGUCUUUGAGGGUUUCAGCACCUUCUUCUCCUGUUUCGAAGCCAGAGCCACAACAGGUUUCAGCACCAGGUCUUCCAUCGCAAGAUCCCAUCCUUUUGCCCACGGCAAUUCCGAAUGCAAUGCCAAUGGGCCCCACGGGCCCCACGGGCCCAACGGGACCACAGAACCACCCUUCCAGGAGCAGUCAAGACAGCAGACCCCAUGCGUCCGGUGACAGUGAGUCGGAGAAGCCUCCACCGAAAAACCUCGGGUCCUUCCAUUCUAGAAGAAGUGGAAAGAGCCCGGGCAGCUCCUUUGGUUUGGAUGCUUUUCUUGGCAAGGUGCGAUCCCCCAUGCUAGGGAUCGCCAAUCUCGAAGAUCUUCAGGCCAGCCAAUUGCUCCAGUCCAUGCGCCGACCCAGCCGCCGCAAAAACACGGGAGCACGGCGGUGCUCGAGGCAGUCGGAGGACCCUCCGAGGUCAAGCUCCCACAGAGCUGUGAAGAUCGUGGAGAAGAACCCACAGACUGACCGCGGGCUGCUUGAGCCAGCACUUCAAGUUGCACCACAUCCAAGCGAUUCAUCUUUGCUGCCCAAUGGGAAGAAGAAGGCACACACCAUGAACAGCAGGCCGGCAGGAGAAGACAAAGCCGCUGUCUUGGAAAAAUGUCAAAGAGUCUCAAUGGAGGAGCUCAGGACGAAUUACGACGCAGUGAUCGCUCAGUUCAGCGUAAACAAAGUGUCUGAAAGCAGGGGGGAUGGAGAGGUGUCUGCCCUCCCUCGUGUCGGACGCUGCUUGCUGUGCAUGGCUGGCCACUUGCGCUUCAGCGAAGGACUAGCAUCCCGAUGCUUUGCCAUUCUCAGCUUUGGCAUCAUCCCCAUGGCCAUGAGUGGUCUUCUCCUUUACGGUGGAGCAGUUUCCCUCAUGGAUACUUCUUUGCUUCUGGCUCUAACGAGUUUUCAACUUGGCAUUUCUGUUGCCAGUUUCAGUUUCGACCGGAAAGGUAUCGCGCUCCUUUUAGGUCCAGAGGAAACUCGCCUAGAUGAUUAUGCGCUCGAAGCUGACUUCAUGGCAGAUUGGCAGAAGGUUUCCCGGAAGAGGUUCAUUGAGACUGUUUGCAUGUUCAUUGGCAUGAUGUGUGCGAGAAUUGCUGCACAGAUUUGGGUGAGAGGCCAGCUUGAACUUGAAGCAAACUGGGACCAAGUCUAUACGAUCGCCUUUACGUUCAUGCUCUUCCGGUAUCUGCUGUUGUGUUACUCCAUUUUGCACUGCUGCUGUGGCCUGGAACUUGCUUUGGACAGCUUCGGGGUUCGAUUUUUCAGGGAGAUGGACAUUGAGCAGGCCUUGAGUGAGUGGAACACAUUGCAGGCCACACUUCGGCAAGCGUCCACGAAGAUCAGCGAUUCGUUGCUGGUGAUUGGCUUUUGCUGCCUGGCAAGCAUUGCCCUUUUGGGAGAGCAGGUGAUCCGGAAUCCCCGCAGCUUUGUGGAGACCCCAGGUCAAAUGACAUCUUGGCUCUCAAGAUACUAUCCCUUGAUGAUCGCCUUCCUGUACACCAUGAUGCGGGCAGCUGCGGUUACGGAAAAGGCCAAUCGCGUCGCGCCCUUGGUGAAUUCGUGGAAAUUCCACAAAUCCCAUCAGGAAGAUGACGAGAGGGGGGUCUGGAUGGACUACGAACGACAAUACGUUGUCCAAUACAUCAGUCAAAGCAGAGCAGGUUUCUUCAUCCGAGGGUCACAAUUGACAGUCCAUCGCCCAUCUUCUUUGUCAAAGCAUGUCAAAGCUCUUUGGGAGGCUCUGAGUCGCACAGUCGGCAGCCGGGUGCUGCCACUUGGUGCGGCCCGUUUUCUUGGACUUGCUGAACGAGAGCAAACAGCGCCUUCUCACCUUCCAUUGGCUGUGAAGCCAGAGGAGAAGCAGCGUUUGAAACAGUUGGCUGCAGAGUUGGUGGCGAUGCGAGAGGUCUUUUCCAAGGCAGGAACUUGUGGCUCUUCGUCACUCAUGGUUGUGACAGGUGGAACACUUGUGAUACAGCUGCCUUCCCAGGAGCGAGAGCGUCUUGGAGCUGAACAGGAGGAGGUCCGGGCGAAGCAAGCCAACAUUGCAAAGAGAGAGGCAGAACUGCAGGCGCAUCAUGGCGCAUCGGGAUCAACGCGGGUCAACGGGGGGUCAAGGCUCACUUCAAGCGUCAUCUCUGAUUCAGCAGAGGCACAACAGGAAGAGCAGAAAAAAAGGGAAGAGGACAAAGUGGAGGGCUGUAUCAACCUUGCCGUGGUUGGCAACUCUGGGGUCGGCAAAUCCCUUCUAAUCAACAGGCUGCGGAGGCUUAGGCCGCAGGCAGAAGGGUGGGCUGCUGUUGGUGUGAACGAGACCACACGCGAGCCAACCAUGUAUCCCUAUCCAAACCAGCCAAACGUCAGGCUGUGGGACCUGCCCGGUGCCGGUACAGCGGCAGUACCCGCGGAGACCUACUUGCAGGACAUGGGACUGCGCUACUUUGAUCGAGUUGUGGUUGUCUCUGCGGGGCGCUUCACUGAAAUGGAGGCCGUGCUUCGGGGCGAACUGGAGCGACACAGCGUUCCAUAUUACAUGGUGAGGACAAAGGUGGAUCAAGACAUCGCCAAUAACAAGGAGGACAACUUUGUAGAGAGGCAGGAGACCUUGAAACAAAUUCGGGACGACCUCGAAAAUACGCACAAAGUCGAAACGAAGAGCCUGUAUCUCGUCUCCUCUAGAGAUCCAGAAGAUUACGACCUUCCUCGCUUGCUGGCCGACCUUUUUCCUGGCUUGAAGCGGCAGAUGGAUCCAGAUGCUCCGGCCUUUUGCCCUGCAGGUACCGCCUUCCAGGGCAGCUAUGCGCCUUCUGCCUGGACUGACGCUUGGGCCAUGCCGCCAGCCCUCUCAAUGGUUCUAUCUGGACUGCAAGGAAAAUGGAUUGAUGCAUAUGGUUGUUCCUAUUUAGUACAAAACGACUGUUGCCACGUGACGCUGCGCACGGCUCACUAUACUGUGGUGCCGCUGUCACAAGAUGGGCGCGCAGUGUUCUGGCUUCAGCGUUGGUACGUGGACGAAGAGGCUAUCACGAGGGCCCGGCAAAGCAGGGAACUCCGAUGGAUGCCUACACAGCCACAGGAUCAGCCCUUGAUUUGGUCAUCAGCUCAGAAAGAACUCAGUGAUCCCCCGAAACGACGCUUUCCCAGUCUGGUAGAAGCUGUGGAAGAAUUGUGGGCCUCCAGUUUUUGA